UUGAUUUGAGUUUGCCUCGGUUAGUGUUACAAUCGCAUUCGUCGCAACAUGCUGAACACUAGAAUGAGAUUGUGGAUUGUAAGCCUCCUGGAACUGGCUGUUAUCGUGUCCACUUCCGCUAACGAUAAGGGCGUGUCGAAUCGAAUUGAGACUCCGGGUGAGCCCAUCUACUACCUAAUGGCAGACGCGGGUCCUUUAGUGACCCCAAAUGAGUCUCUGAAACGCACGAACCGCUCGCUACUAAAGUGGUGGGACGAUCUGUUCCUCCGCAACCGCAACUUCUGUACUAGCAACGUGGUGUAUCAAUCACCUCCACUUGACCCCACUCCCGCUGUAGUCAAUAACUAUAAUGGCCUACAUCUCCAGGACUUGCAUCCAUUCAAACAAAUGAAACUCUGUAAGAAACUCCCAGAACUCUUCGCCUCACCCAAUCGCUUUGGCCAAUGUGCCGGCAAUUUUGGUCUGCUGCCACAACUGCAGAAUAGCUAUGCGGCACCACAGAGUCCUUCCUUUGGAGGAGAUGGUUUUGGUGUGUCACCAAACGAAGGGUUGGUCAAAUCCAAGCAAGAGUACAAUAGCCCUGGAAAUGGUGAUGCGGGCUAUGUAGCGCCGCCAGCUCCUUCCUUUGGAGCUCCAGCACCACCAGCUCCAACUUAUAAAGAUCUGGCACCACCUUCUUCACCAUACGAAACAUCUGUGGCUCUAUCAGCUUCUAUUUAUAAUCAGCCAACUCCAAUCUACAGGCAAACUGAGUGCACAACAGAAAAGUCCCAAGAGUGCGCACAGACCAGCUACCCUGGGGCAAAUCCGGCACAAAUUGUUUACCAACCCAUCAUUUACGUCUCCACUCCACUGACGUCGAAGUUUACCACCCAGGUGGAAACAGAGGAACAGAGAUAUACCAGCCCGACACCAUUAUCACCACCGAUUUCCGUUGCUAAAACACCACUGCCGAUCUGUCAGAAACCAUCUACCCCGCCCAGGCCAUCGUGCCAAACGCCGUUCCGCCUAUCACUUAUAGAUCAGCCGUAUCGAGUGGCCCCGGAACUAUUCGAGGAAUACAACUAUCGCUUGGCUUUGGCUUCCUAGAAUAUAUUGAAGUUAAUGAAUCGGUAACGUUGGUUGACGAAUUUGUAAAUAAAAAUCUCCUAAUGCGGUUAUUCCACUGCA